UCGAUCGGGUCCGAUCACGUAAUUUUCAAAGUAUCGGAAUUGGCAAAAAAAUAUCGGCCAUGCCUUUUUUUUAGUAUACAGUAUAUAUAUAUUUUUUUUAAAUUAAAUCGCUUUCCAAUUCUAUUUAACGUGACAUAUAAUAUGUUACACACAUCCAGAGUCUUUAGUUUAGGCUUAAGGUAGGAUUAUCCAAUUUAUCCCGAUAACGGCAGUAAUUAAUUAAAAAAAAAAAAAGUAUCACGUUAAAAUAUUUAACGCCAUUAAUGCAUGCGUUGCACGACCCACUCACGCACUGUCACGCUCAAUCUGUAAUGGCGCCGUUUUACCUAAUGUAUAUAGCGAGAGAAACGGCAGCGUAAAAUGAGUAGAGUGAAUGUUGGCAGCCUUUGGAGCCUUUUUUCAUUAGGCUAAAGCCUUACGAUCCCUCUCCCUACGAUUAGAAAUAUAAUGGGAAGCAAUGUGGGGAAGCAAGGUGGCGAUUGAUCUUUUUCUUAACCCCUUAUGUUAUUUCCCAACGCAGAGAAGAUAUAUCAAUUGGUAGCACUAUGUACUGUCAUGGUUCCACUUCCCAUCAUGCAUUUGGGUUGAAUGGCUGCAGUAUCAUUUACUGAAAGCUCAACAAAUACACUAGAUGGCAAUAUUUAGUCACAAUAUACAAAGUCACAAGUCUUUCCGUGGAUCCCUCUCACAGAAAGAAUGUUAAUAAUGUAAAUGCCAUCUUGAGGAUUUAUUGUCAUAAUAAAAAAAAUACAGUACUUAUGUACUGUAUGUUGAAUGUAUAUAUUCGUCCGAGUUUUAUUCAUUUUUUUCUUAAUGCAUCGCCAAAAUGUAUAUGAUCAGGAAAAAUUAUCGGGAAUGAUUGGAAUUGAAUCGGGAGCAAAAAAAAAGCAAUCGGAUCGGGACAUUGAAUUACAGCAAGAGAAAAAAAAAAAUCUAUUGAAAUGAAGCAUUAUUCGUCCAAAGAGCAUGAGUGCCCUCUAGUGGAAAAAACAUAUUUCCUAUUGUGAAACUAAAAGUUUUCUGUGGUCAAUCGGAGACAAAUAAAAACUGGGAGACAGAUUAAAAUCCGCGCUGUUGAGUCGUGUUGAUGGCGGCACUCUGUCAAAUACUUCAUUUUUUAACACUGCUUUAAAGACGCCACGUGAUUGAACAGGCCGGCAUGUUCGUAGAACGGCAAGGUUGAGUCUGAUUGGUAUAAUGGAGUCAUGAUUAUUAUUGUGAUGUCUCAUUGGUGAAACUGGUUGAGCCACUGUUGUUGCUUCUCUGGCCAAAAAACCCCAACUAAAAUCUCGUAUGUAUGUACCGUAAUUUUCGGACUAUAAACUGUUAUUUUUUUCCUUCAUUUCGAAUCCUGCGGCUUAUAUUCCAGUGCGGCUUAUUUGUUGAUUUAUUUGGGUUAAUAGGUAACACUUUAUUUGACAGCAGCAUCAUAAGACUGUCAUUAUUUGACAUGACACUAUCAUGGGCAUUACUGUAUGCUCAUGACUGACGUCAUUAAGUGUAAUCCGGCAAAUUAUGUCACUAACUCUAUUUAUGUCUGGCUCGGUUAUUUCACAUCCAUUCAAAAAUGAGACAAUUUGCCAGAUGACACAAAAUGACAUCUGCCAUAAGCAUUUCUUGAUGCUCAUGGCAGUCGCAUGUCAUAAUUAUGAUAGUCUUACGAUGCCCCUUUCAAAUAAAGUGUCCAAAUACCAUAACUGGCAAUUAAUGAAACAACCGGAACAGUAACUGAAAUAAAUAAUUAGAACAGAACAUGAAUUUUGAUUGUUCUUUACAUCUGUAGCGCUGCAAUGCAUGCUAGGAGGCAUGUUGGACAACAACAUUGUUGACAGCAGGUGGCAGCAGAGGUUGACCGUCUCCCCCAAGGGAGCAACGACGACCAAAUGAAGCUUCUUGAAGCAAUGAAGCUUUGCAGCCACUUGGUUUAAAGCUUCAUGAUGGUUGAUCUGGUCUUUUGAGUCAUAUGAUGCUGCUGUCAAAUGAAGUGUUACCUGUUGAUAUCUUUUGGUGUAAAUAUCCCAUAAUACAGUGAGGACAGCUGCGGCUUAUGGUCCAGUGCUGCUUAUCUAUGAACAAAUGUCGUUUUUGUGUCAAAUUUGGUGUGUGUAAAAUAUAACUGAGUAAAUGUAACGCGUUUCUACCCACCUCUGACGAUUGUAAAUCCUGUGGUCUGUUUUUGUAGUCAGAAAAAUGCUAAGAUAGAGCAUAGAAAAGUUAAAACGCAAAACAUGACUGGAAUUGUUCAUAAAAAGUCAUAAAUGUACUGGCAUGAUUAGAUAAAAUAGCAAAUGAUAGGAAAACAUUGUUAAUCAAAAGUCAUCCAAAAAGUAUGAUCAUUGUUUUUUCACUUCCAGAUUUCCACUGAUGCAUCUGUCCAAGGGGGAUUUCGUAUGGGUGGACGCCGGGGCUGGGGUGCCCAUCGGAGCCCAAGUGCAGGUCACCGAUACGGGGCAGCUUCAGCUGAUUGAUGAUGAAGGAAAGGAGCACAAGAUCAACAAGCAUACCGAGGGCGGCCUCCGUCCCAUGCACCCAACUUCGGUGCAGGGCGUGGACGACAUGAUCCGGCUCGGGGACCUUAAUGAGGCCGGGCUCCUCAGGAAUCUCCUGGUGCGGCACAAAGACGGCCUCAUCUACGAGGUUUUGUUGGCGCAGUGUGAACCUGAACCUUCUCAACAAGUCAUUUUCAAGUUCUGUUGCGAGACAUACACGGGCUCCAUCCUGGUGGCGGUGAACCCCUACCAGCUUCUUCCGCUCUACACGGCUGAUCACGUGCAUCAAUAUACGGACCGGCGGCUAGGCGAGCUACCGCCACACGUCUUCGCUAUCGCGGACAGCUGCUUCUUCAAAAUGCGCCGCAAUCACAGGAACCAGUGCUGCGUCAUCAGCGGUGAAUCAGGAGCUGGCAAAACAGAGAGCACGAAACUCAUGUUGCAGUUCCUAGCGGCGGUUAGUGGGCAGCACUCCUGGAUUGAGCAGCAGAUCCUGGAAGCCAAUCCUAUUUUGGAAGCCUUCGGUAACGCCAAAACCAUCCGUAACGAUAACUCCAGCCGUUUCGGCAAGUACAUCGACAUCAACUUCACCAAAGGGGGCGCCAUUGAGGGGGCUCGCAUCGAGCAGUACCUGUUGGAGAAGUCCAGGGUGUGUCGCCAGGCACCCGAGGAGAGGAACUACCACAUAUUUUACUACAUGCUGAUGGGAAUGGCGGCUGAGCAGAAGAAGAUCCUUUCGCUAGGGAACGCUGCCGAAUAUAACUACCUGACCAUGGGGAAGUGCACCAGCUGCGAAGGUCGUGACGAUGUUAAGGAAUACGCUCACUUCCGCUCAGCUCUGAAGAUCCUGAUGUUCAGCGAGAACGACACUUGGGAAAUCUGCAAACUUCUGGCAGCCAUUCUGCACAUCGGCAAUGUCAACUUCGAGGGGACCAUCGUAAACAACCUGGAAGGCUGUGAUGUUCUGACGUCGUUGCAUUUUGACAUGACUAGCCAAUUAUUAGAGGUUGACCCAAAAGUUCUGGAGAAGAGCCUUACUCAGCGGUCCUUCAAUACGAUCAGGGAGAGCGUGAGCAAGGUUUUGAACUCGGCACAGGCCCUGGAUGGCAGGGACGCCUUUGUCAAGGCUAUUUAUGGCCGUCUUUUCAUUUGGGUGGUGGACAAAAUCAAUGCGGCCAUUCACAAGCCGCCUGGGGAGUCCGAUGAGGUCAGGCAGUCCAUCGGCCUCCUCGACAUCUUUGGCUUUGAGAACUUCAACACAAACAGCUUUGAGCAACUCUGCAUCAACUACGCUAAUGAACAACUGCAGCAGUUUUUCGUCAAGCAUGUGUUCAAACUGGAACAAGAAGAGUACGCCCGGGAAAGCAUUGUUUGGGAGCGUAUCAACUACAAGGACAACCAGGAAACCUUGGAUGUGCUUGCCAACAAGGCCCUCAACAUUCUAGCCCUCAUAGACGAGGAAAGCAACUUCCCCAAGGGUACAGAUACCACAUUGCUACAAAAAAUGAAUCAGGUCCACGGGAAAGGGAGCAUUUACAUUUCCCCUAAGAACAACUAUGAGACUCAGUUUGGAAUCAGUCAUUUCGCAGGCAUCGUCCACUACGACUCCAAAGGUUUCUUAGAGAAGAACCGCGAUGCCCUCAGUCCAGACUUAAUCCAACUGGUUGAGACAUCCAGUAACAAGCUGCUGAAACUAGUCUUUCAUGAUCAGAUAUCCACCAACAACGCCAACAGCAAGAACACAGCCAACCCCAAGAUGGUUAUCAACACACCCAAAAACACACUACGGCAAACUAAUGAUGGCAAGAAAAGAGUUCCCACACUGACUGGUCAAUUCCGUCAAUCCCUGGACUCCCUGAUGAAAACUCUGAUGGUGUGUCAACCCUAUUUCAUCCGCUGCAUUAAACCCAAUGACUACAAAAAGCCAAUGCUAUUUGACAGGGAGCUGUGCCUGCGUCAGCUGCGCUACUCUGGAAUGAUGGAGACCAUCAGGAUCCGCAAAGCCGGCUAUCCGGUGCGCUACACAUUUGAUGAGUUUCUGGAGCGCUACAGAGUUCUUCUGAAAACCUACAUCUGCGACCCACAAAAGGAAAGCAAAGAAAAUUGCUGUGAAAGUAUCUGUGAAUCUUUGCUGAGUGGCGAGGGAGACUGGAAGACUGGAAAGACAAAGAUCUUCCUUAAGGACUUCCAUGACACCUUGCUGGAAGUGGAACGGAUGAAAGAACUGAAUGUCAAGGCACUUUUGAUUCAAAAGGUUCUACGGGGCUACAAAUACAGGAAACAGUUCGUAAAGAAAAGAGCAGCCGCUCUCGUAAUCCAGAAACACUGGCGAGGACACAAAGGAAGACAAGUGUACCGGGUGGUCCAGAAGGGCUUUGCCAGGCUGCAGGCAGAGAUUCGCUCACGCCAGCUACAUGUCCAGUAUAAGAAGAAGCGGCAAGCGGCCGUCUUGCUCCAGGCGCAGGUGCGGGGCUACGUGGCCCGCAAAAACUGGAAGCGCAAGAGGGAUGCUGUGAUCCUACUGCAGGCGCAAACCAGAGGCUUGCUGGCCAGGAGGGCGCGUGAGAAAAUGAUGAGAAAUCUGUAUCUGUCCGCCCAAGAAAAAGAGGCAGAACGUCGGGCAGCCUUGGAGCGUCAAAAGCAUCUUGAGGAAGUGUUGAGGCAGAAGAAGGAGAUGGAGGCCCAAUCCCAGUCCGAGUCCCAAAUGGACCAACAAGUGGAUGACAUCUUUGGCUUUCUGCCAGUCAUGGUUGGUGGGCAAGAGGGUCAAGCACCUGCAGGGUUCGAGACCUUGGAGAACAAGCGGGUUCUCCUGGACUCGAUCGACAUUGACACCAUCUCUAUUGAGGACGAAGAGCUUCUUGUAGAGGACCAAGAUGAAUUGGAUGAAUAUCCAUUCUCCAAGCUGGCAUCCAUGUACUUUCAAGGCGGGGCGACACCUUCACACAUCCGACAGAGGCUGAGGCGGCCGCUACUCUACCACGAGGAUGAGGGAGACGUCUUGGCCUCACUGACAGUCUGGUGGAUCAUCUUGAGGUUUAUGGGGGAUCUUCCUGAGCCAAAGAAGCAGUUCCAGGUCCAGGGGAGCUCGUCACAGGAACGAUUCCUCACCCAGGAUGUCAUCAACAGAAAGGACAGACGUCUCAGCCACAUGGUCGGGCUGGAUCAGCGCGUGCUUCGAAACAAAAAGGUUCCGCAGCCCUCUUCUGUCCAGGAGGAGUCCACUACCAACAGAAAGGGAUCAAUGUUCACAGACCUCUUGUCCAGGAACAAGAAGCCAGCACCGGCUGAAGCGGCCCCAAACGCCAGGGUCUACACUGUCCCUGAAGGAAGCCCUCGAGCUAGGAAAGGCUCUACCUUCACUGACCUUCUGUCCAGGACUAAGAAAAACUCCAACAUACAGGAAAACGUAAUGCCCAGAUCUUCAUCUAGCUUCCGGAAACCCUCAAUCAUUAUGGAAGAGUCUGAGGAUCAAACAGAGGUGUCCAAGGCUCCUACUCUGGAAACGCUGAAGGAGGAUGGUGGCGAAAUCAUGAUCGGUGAGGGUCCUACCCUGGACCGGCCCCUAACGUCUCUGGAGAAGCUGCACAUCAUUGUGGGCUAUGCCAUCGUCCGGCGAGACCUCAGGGAUGAGAUCUAUUGCCAAAUCUGCAAGCAGCUCCACGACAACAACAACCGCAACAGCUACUUUCGAGGGUGGAUUCUGCUCUCGCUCUGUCUUGGCGUCUUCCCGCCGAGCGAUCAGAUUAUAAAGUACAUCCAGAGUUUCAUUCGCUCUGCUCCGAGCGGCUACGCUGUCUACUGCUCAGAGAGGCUGCGUCGCACCCUCGCCAAUGGUGUAAGAGGGGAGCCUCCCGCCUGGCUUGAGCUACAGGCAACCAAGACGAAGAAGCCCAUGGUAGUGUCUGUCACGCUAAUGGAUGGACGCUCCGUCAACAUUCCCGUGGACUCGGCAUCCACAUCCAAGGAGAUCUGUGAACUCCUGGCCAACACAGUCAAACUGAAAGACACAUUUGGCUUUUCCAUCUACGUGGCUCUGUAUGAAAAGGUCUGGGCCCUAGGUGGUGGCCGUGAGCAUGUGAUGGACGCCAUCUCUCAAUGCGAGCAGGAGGUGAAGCGGCGGGGCGGCCAAGAGCAGCAUGCGCCCUGGCGCCUAUUCUUUCGCAAGGAGAUCUUCACACCAUGGCACGACUGCUCUGAGGACAAAAUUAGCACGGAGCUAAUCUACCGGCAGGUUGUCCACGGCCUGAAAUUCGGCGAGUACCUGGCAGAGAAGGAAGAUGAUUUUGUCCAACUCGCCGCUAAACAUCUCUACAUUCAGCAUGGCUCUGAUAACAGCAAUGAAGCGGCGAAGGAGGCGGUGCAGGCCAUCAUCAGCAACUCCCUGCUGGAGGCCAAGUCUGAAGCCAAAUGGGUACAAAUGGUUAGCACAGCCUACGCUGAGAGUUCUUACUUGAGUUCCCAACAAAAAGCAAAUUCGGUGAAAGCGGAGAUAGUGGACUACGCCCGUGAGAGGUGGCCCAUCUUCUUCUCCAGGUUCUUUGAGGUGGUCAAGGUGUCAGGUCCAGCAAUGCCAAAGAACAAGUUCAUCGUGGCCAUAAACUGGACUGGCAUCACCUUCCUGGAUGAGCGAGAAAAGAGACUACUGGAACUCUCUUUCCCAGAGGUCACUGGCGUUAACUCUAAACGGGAUGCUAAAGGCCCAACAGUGUCAUUACUGACUCUGAAGGGAGACUUCACCUUGAGUGGAUCCACAGUGGAAGACAUGGCUGGGCUGGUCACCAUGUUCCUCAGCGGACUGACGGAGCGCUCGCAAUACGCCGUGACCCUGAAAGAGAUUGAUAAACCAGACGACCCAACGUUCCUGGGCUUUAAGAAAGGCGAGCUCAUCAUCAUACUCAAAGACAACGAGUUCUCACAGCAGCGCGGCUGGAUCAAUGGGCAAAACGACAGAACGGGAAAAACGGGGGCAGUUCCCAUGGAGGCCAUCUUAAUCCUACCAACACUCAGCAAACCCUCCAAUGAAGUCAUGAGCCUGCUCAACCUGUCCCCAAACCAGCGAAAGACCAUUCUUGCCAACCAGAAAGACAAUGGCACAAUUGAGAGACAAGCACCGGUUACUCUAAGGGAGUUUUCCCUCGAGUAUUUCAGGCAGCCCACAAAAGAUGUAAAUCAGCAGGUCAUCUCGCGAAACUCUGCCCCCGAGCGCUUGUGGUUGAACUCACGUGAGCCCAUCAGACAGCCGCUUCUCAAAAAGCUUGUGGGCAAUACAGAGCUGAGCCACAAAGCCUGUCUGGCCUUCACCGCUAUCUUAAAGUAUAUGGGCGAUUACCCCACCAAGCAGAUGCAGAGUCCCCUCGAACUCACUGACCAGAUCUUUGAACCCGCCAUGGAAAACGAGAAUCUUAGAGAUGAGAUUUACUGCCAGAUUAUGAAGCAGAUGAGCAGCAACAAUAACCGGUUUAGCGUUGAGCAGGGUUGGCAGCUGCUCUGGUUGUGCUGCGGCCUCUUCCCUCCCAGCCAGUCACUUUUGAAGCACGCUCAGAAAUUUUUGGAGUCGCGGCGCCGAGAAGCACUAGCUCCAGACUGCCUGAAACGACUGCAGAGCUCUUUGAGAAUGGAGCCUAGGAAGUUUCCCCCGCACCAGGUCGAAGUGGACGCAAUCCAGCAGAACAGCACUCAGAUCUUCCACAAAGUCCAUUUUCCCAAUGACACGGGGGAGAUUUUCGAGGUGGCGACUAGCACCAAAAUCAGGGAUCUCAUCAGGAAUAUUUCCAGCAAGCUACAACUGACCACAGCUGAUGGUUUUAGCAUCUUCAUUAAAACGCACGACAAGGUCCUUAGUUUGAACGACAGCGACUACUUCUUUGACAGUCUGAGGCAGAUCACAGACUGGUCCAAGAAGUCCAAACGCAUUAAAGACGGUAAGUCUUGGGCACCCCUGAAUGACAUUCUAUGGGUAUAUUUUAUAAGAAUGUGUGUGGAUUCUGCAGGUGGUCCAGUCAGCAUGCCCUACCUGGUCUUCUUCAUGAGGAAACUAUGGUUUAAUGUGAUCCCAGGCAGAGACUUGGAGGCAGACCUCAUCUUCCACUUCCCUCAGGAAGUCCCCAAGUACCUGAGGGGUUACCACGUGUGUACCAAAGACGACAUUGUCCAAAUUGCCUCCCUGCUCUUCCGCAUAAAAGUCGCUAACGACAAGAGUCAGUUUCCAAGCAUCCCCAAGAUGCUGAAGGAACUUGCACCGGCCGACCAGCUCAAGGCCAUGUCUGAGAACGAGUGGAAGAAGAGCAUCGUGGCGUCUUACAACAAACAACAAGGCAUGACCGUGGAUGAAGCAAAAGUGGCGUUUCUGAAGGCGGUUCAUCGUUGGCAAACGUUUGGCUGUGCUUUCUUUGAAGUGAAGCAAACAUCCGAGCCCAGUUUUCCUGACAUUGUGCGGAUCGCUAUCAGCAAGCAAGGCCUCACUAUCAUACAUCCCAAAACCAAGGAAGUGUUGGCAAACCACCCGUUCAACCGUAUCGCCAACUGGUGCAGUGGGAGCACCUAUUUCCACAUGACCAUCGGCAGCUUGGUAAAGGGCAGCAAAUUCUUGUGCGAAACGUCACUGGGCUACAAGAUGGACGACCUCAUCACCUCCUAUGUCAACAUGUACCUGCAAGAGAGGAGGCCAGUUCAGAGCAGGAACCAGCGUUUCAACUAAUUCCUUGACAAACACCAUUGCGUAUGGAGACAAAUUCUUCUUAGAAAUAAAUAUUCACUUUACCGAAUGGCUAUUGCAUGUUCAAGCAUACUGUAACUCGAAGAUAAUGCUGUGAAAGUAUAUCGCAAUGCAUUUUAAGUAUUUAUUCAAGUUCCUUAUCAAUCAUAUUUACAUUAUUUGGCUUGAUCUGGUGUGAUUCCUCACAUAUAAAUGCACAUUUAAUGCAGACGGGUCAUGUUUCACUCCAUUUUUUUCAUCUACAUGCAUCAGAAGAUUACAAGUUUUUACAUGUAAAAAAAAAUCAUAACAAUACUGUGUUUUUAAAUGUCUGCACAGGUUGCCUCAUGAUACCUACCAGUGAAUAUAAUGAAGUCUCACUGAACACUUGAACAGUUUACACUGGCUUUCAAGUUUGUCCACCAGAUGGCGCUACUUUUGGCCCUUUUUACAAUCAGACCUUAGUCUCUAGCUGCUGAAAAAUGAUAACUACACAGUUAUUGAGGGAGGAUACGGCUGUGCAGUCCUGCUGUUUGAGUGAACACAGCGUCUACUGUAAUUUUUGGAUUAUAAGACGCACCCGACUAUAAGACACCCCCACCAAAUUUAACAAGGAAACAGUUUUCAUUCAUACACAAGGCCACAAUAAUAUUCACACCUAAUGACUACUGUUGUUAUGAUCCUGAAAUAUUAAAUUCGACAUCGAUAUUCCCAAAAAAUACUUGAUACUUGAAACAAUUUUUGAUACUACGUAAUUACAAAAAGAAAUUAUGAACAAGGGCUGAUCUAGAAACAGAUUCAUAGGUUGGGGAAAAAGGGCAGGAACUUUUUAGGGUGGCAAAUAUUUCUUGAUGGUAUUCUUUGGACAAUGAUACGAUAUUCUGCGACAAUUCAAAGGCCUUCGAUUGAUUUAAUACAAAAUUAUGAAACCAUUUAAGACAAUCAGUUCCAUUUGACCUAAAGGACUAAAAACUAUAAAUCAGUUUUGACCUAGGCUGCAGCUAUCGAUUAUUGUAGUAGUCGAUUAAUCAAUGAACUAGUUAGUUCGGAUAAUCGAGUCAUCGGUUAAGGAACAUAAAAAAAACAAAAUACCUGAGCUGAGCCUCAAAGGGUAUGAAAAAUAAAUCAAGGAGGGUCUAAGUACAACAAAAGAACAAUUGGCUAACUUACAUAGCAAAAUUCCAUGAGCUUAAAUGCUAUGAAAUGCACUUUUUUU